CACACUUCACGAUCCUAGCUUCGUAAGUUGUGUUCAACAGCUCAACUUUUGGUUUCACGCAGUAGAGAAGGGCAUUCUGGUCUAAAGCAAUUGAACAGCAAUGGCGCAGGCACAGCUCCCGCAGCUGUUUGGGGUCAUUCCCACCGGGCAGCCCUGCAUAACAACCCCCUCCUCCGCCCCCUCAACAACAUCCUUCCUCUUCACACUUCCCGCGACAAAGCCUUUCAGCCACAUCUGCGUCUUCCUCCUACCCGGCAUAACCCUCCCACCAAACACCGCAGCAGCAGUCUACAUCUCUCUCCCUGCUUCACCCUCCCAAUCACCUCAACAGGCGCAAUUCAAGUUCCUAGGCGGAAUCGGUCCUGGGAAAGAAAGCGCUAUAUUCAAAAUAAGUGGCUUAUCCGCUUCCAAUGCGGAAGGUGUGCAGAAUGGGGAAAUCGAUAUGGAUGCCCCAGAAGAUAGUCCAGGAGGAGGAGGAGACAUCACACUCGGCAUAUCCCUCGAAUCCGCAGACUCAGUCGCGUCACAGAUGGCUGCCUUACACUCCUCGACCGCCAACCCGACAUCUCCUUCACAAGCUUUAGUCCCAGUUAAUCGAGGAGGACAAGGAGGAUCAAAGGUCGAUACAGUAGUCCUCGCGCAAAGGAUCAUCAAGAACGCAUUUAACUUCCUAGCGAGCUUUAGUGGGAAUGUAGGGGGGACAGGGGUGGAAGUCGUACCAUUGAAGGCGUUUGAGGAGUGGUGGAGGAAGUUUGAGGGGAGGGUGAGGAGUGAUCCUGAAUUUUUGGAAAGGGAUGGUGAUUGAGGAGUUUGUAGGAGAAGAUAUGGGAUUUUGGUUUGGUGAAGGGGCUGGGGGAAAGAGUGGCUUAGACGUUGAGAGAUUUAGAAGGCCAAGUGCUGAGUAUUGGGUGAGAGAAGCCAAGAGAAGAAUGGGCAGGGUGUGAUCGAUGAGGUGUUAGAAGGCGGUUUCAGGACCAAAGCUACAGGCACCGCAGGCCAGGCAGCUUUGCUGACUGCUAUGACGAGACGAUGGCACGAAGGCGUAAUAAGCAGGCUUCUUAGGCAAUGGUCCAUUUGCGAAUGCAGGAGCCAGAUUGACAAGCACAGCAGCAGACUCAAGACUCGGUAUGAGGCACCUUUAGCUGCAUGUAUGUACCUCUAACACACCAACCAUCAAACCACC